AUGUCGGCCAGACCAGGCUACUAUCGGCAGGAGCUGAACAAGACUGUAUGGGAGGUUCCCGAGCGGUACCAGAACCUGACACCCGUGGGCUCGGGAGCCUACGGUUCGGUAUGCUCAGCAUAUGACGUGCGGCUACGACAGAAGGUGGCGGUGAAGAAGCUGUCUCGGCCUUUCCAGUCCCUUAUCCACAGUAGGCGCUCGUACCGCGAGCUCCGGCUACUCAAGCACAUGAAACAUGAGAACGUGAUAGGACUACUGGCUGUAUUCUCCCCUGCUGCAUCGCUUGAGGACUUCCAUGAAGUCUACCUGGUAACCAACUUGAUGGGGGCAGACCUGAACAACAUAGUCAAAUUCCAGCGUCUCUCUGAUGAGCAUGUGCAGUUUCUUAUUUACCAGCUGCUCAGGGGCCUCAAGUACAUCCAUUCAGCAGGACUGAUCCACAGAGACCUGAAACCAAGUAACGUGGCAGUGAACGAGGACUGCGAGCUAAGGAUCCUUGACUUUGGAUUGGCCAGACAGACGGAUGAUGAGAUGACGGGGUACGUGGCAACUCGCUGGUAUCGAGCGCCAGAGAUCAUGCUUAACUGGAUGCACUACAAUCAGACAGUGGAUAUCUGGUCAGUGGGAUGCAUCAUGGGAGAGCUGCUGAAGGGGAAGGUCCUGUUUCCCGGCAACGACUAUAUCGACCAGCUAAAGAGGAUUAUGGAGGUGGUGGGCACCCCGACCCCUGACCUUCUACAGAAGAUCUCCUCUGAACAUGCUCAGAAAUAUAUCCAGUCUCUACCCUUCAUGCCCCAGCAGGACUUAGAGAAGAUAUUCAGAGGAGCCAACCCAAUGGCUGUGGAUCUACUGAAGCGCAUGCUGGUUCUGGACUGUGACGGGCGUAUCUCUGCCAGUGAGGCUCUCUCCCACCCUUAUUUCUCCCAGUACCACGACCCGGACGACGAACCAGAGGCCCUGCCCUACGACCAGACGCUGGAGAGCAAGGACCGCACGCUAGAGGAGUGGAAAGAGCUGGUGUUCGAGGAGAUGAAUGGAAUCAAAGCGCCUGUCAGCGAGACGAGCAGUCUGCAGGUGGAACAGUGAAAGACAAACCCUGCCUCCUUCUGCUCGGUCUGUCCCGUCAGCUGAGGAAGGACCGCCGUCUUGUCUCCGUCUGUCUGCCGGCGUUGGGGAGGCGGGAGGAUCCGAGAGAAAAAGAGACGGCGGGCCAAUGAGAGACAACGCUGUGUCCCCUAGAGGCAUGACACCCCUCCCCUUGCUCACUGUGACUGGCUAUUUGACUGCCUGUCAUGAGUUUUGUAAAAGGGGAGCAGGGAGAGGGGAGGUCUGGUUGAACUGAUAGGGAUGAGAAUACGCACAUUACGACGAUUACAGGGAGCAUGUUUUGAUAGGUAUAUGUUUACAGUCUGUUGAAGAGAGGUAGGAGAGAGAGACAGAGAGAGAAAGUAGCACUAGGGUUUUCAAACCUACCUAAGGGUCCAACUGAUAAAUAGGCACUGGCUACAGGUCACUGGAAAUCUUUGUCAUAAAGAUGUCAGUUUAAGUCUGCUUAUAACACCUGUUAUGUCAUGGUAAUGACAGUUUAAUGACAGAGGGUUCUAGUGAAUUGUUGUCAAGAAUUUUCCACGCAUUUCGCUGUCUCAGGCGCCGCUCCAGAAUCUCCCGUAAGUGUUCAGUUGGGUUUAGAUCUGGUGA